AGCAAAUUGAGGUUCAGAGCGUGCGCGACAAAGUCCGAACUACAGCAGCGACAUUUACUCAUUGGACAAGUGCAAUUAGUACAUCUUGUCCUCGAUCUGCCACCAAAUUCCCAACGUUCCAGCACAGACUUACGCGACACUUUGGUUCGACAUCAUUUGAUAGAAUAGAAACAGCUCUUUCAAAGACCGUGUGGAGAUACGAAAACAUCGAGUUUCCGGGAAAACACUAGAGCGAUCAACGACGGACAUUGUGUAGACGCGUGGAUCCCAUAAAAAGCCAACCAUUGAUCCAAUUUUUGAAAACUCGCUACCACAGAGAAUAACAUGGCUGAACCUAACAGCAGCAGUAGUAGUGGCAGCAGCAACAACAGCAGCACACACGUAGUUCAAGAGUCGCUCAGACUCAUCGAAGAUCUCAAGUUCUUCUUGGCAACAGCGCCUGCAAAUUGGCAGGACAACCAAGUGAUUAGAAGAUACUACCUUAACCAUGAUGAAGGGUUCGUCUCUUGUGUGUUUUGGAAUAAUUUAUACUUUGUCACCGGGACAGACAUCGUGCGAUGUAUCGUGUACAAGUUUGAGCAUUUUGGGAGGAAGAUCGUCGAUCGGAAGAAGUUUGAAGAAGGGAUAUUUCUGGAUUUAAGAAAUCUCAAGUGUGGAACAGACGCGAUUUUGGAGCCUCCAAGGUCUGAAUUCCUCGAGUUUUUAUACAAAAACUCGUGCUUAAGGACCCAGAAGAAGCAGAAGGUGUUUUUCUGGUUCAAUGUGCCCCAUGACAAGCUUAUGGCGGACGCGUUGGAACGGGAUUUAAAGAAGGAAUCUCAAAAUCAACCACCAACCACUGUGGCACACCAGGAACCUGCAUUAUCCUUCCAUUACGAUGAUAAGAACCCAUUGUAUUCGCAAUUGGUGGAACAUAUGGAGAUACAGCAAAAGUCAAUUGGAGGUGGUGGUAAUACUACUGAAACUGUAGUGCCGUACCCUGGUGGUGUAUCAGAGAUCGAUGGAGAUGGAAGUCCCGAGGGACAAGAAGAUACAUCACCAGAAUAUGACGACAUGCAAACUGCAAAGCCUAUACAUUCCAGCAAAUCACAUGGACAUUUGGAGCAUGAAACACCACAACAAUACCGGGAAAAGGCCGAGUAUGAGGACGAUUUCCCGCUAGAUUACUUUGAAACGGCAAACGAAGAUAGAUUCCCCAAUGAAUUCGUAAGUGUAGAUGUUGGAUAUGAAGGGCAGGGCCCACACUUCGAAGAGUCAUAUGAAACAUAUAUCGAUCCUUCGAUCUUCUCAGCUCCAACGUCAAACCAAUUGGUAUACAAUGAUGAAUACCUCAUUGAACAAACCCAGCCAUUAAAGAGUGCUGUUUUAUCCAAGUAUCCACACAACACCAACAGAGCAAUUCUAUCUUCGAAGGACGAUUUCUUCCCGUCACCUCAGCCAUUAAGUGCAAAGUACCAACAACAUUUCCUCAAUCGAGGGCCGGGUCCUUUCUACGAUCCUCAACAGUAUUUUAGGGCACCUCAGAUGAUGCAGAUGGGUCCCCUGCAACAGCAACAACAACAACAGCAACAGCAACAACAACAACAACAACAACAACAACAACAACAACAACAUUCUCAACAACAACAUCAGCAACAACAUCAGCAGCAAAUGGCACAACAUAUGGGCGGAGCGGUACCGUUUUAUCAAGAACCAAUGAUGGGACAACCCGAGAUAGAACAUUGGCCAUACCAAGCUCAAGAGCAACAUAUGAUGGGCAACCCGGGUUACAUUGUAAUGGACGGAGCAAUGCAAGAUUACAAUCCCAUGUAUCAACCUUCAUUGAUGAGCGUUCCAGUGCACCACCCUGUCUCCAGUGGUGGUGAUUUUGGAGCAGGUAGAGGAGGACCAAGUGCACGUCAAGGGGCUAUCAGUACAAACAUGAUGAAAAAGAAACGACAGCUACAACUACACCAACAUACAUUGGGACUAGGAAGCGGAAUACUGAAGCCUGGAGCACCAGAAAGACGCCAUCCACAAGUUUAUGGAAAUCUUGACGACGUGGUAGCCAAUAAGGCAACGCGGGUAGUCAAGAAAGAGGAUGUCAGAGUAGCGGGUAACCAACAAAGAAGUGGUAAUUUCAUUCCUACACCGGAGUCGUCUAUCAGCCAUCUUGAACAGAGUUCGCAAAGUAGAACCGACUAACUUCUCUACUUGAUAUUCUAUCCUGUAUUUAUAUAUUGACAUAGGUCCUGUAUUAUCGCAUAAUUAAGAUAUAAACAACCAACGUGAUUUCACUGUA